AAAUACUGCAUAAAACCACGUCAUGUGGAGGGAGGAAAACACAUAUUCAAUUUCAAACAAAAAAAUCUAUAAAAGCAGGAAGUAAGACAAAGAAACUUGACAGACAAACAUGUCUUAAUCUAUGUACGAAAUGAUCUUUCGUCAUUCCAAUUACAUUGCUGUAAAUUAAACUAUCUAAAGGGAUUAUCAAAACAGACAAAGAAGUCUUUUAUUCAUGUUUGGAAUUUACCCUGACGUGUACCGCGACAUGACCUGUUUGCAAAUAUUUACGUGCUUAAGGAAGUCUAGAUUAAGCGAAUCAGUGGCUAGAUUGUAAAUAUAUGUAGACACGGCAGCACAAAACAGUUUUAAACCAGUUCUCUGAACAGUUUUGGUAUUGCAGUAUAGAUGUUAAAACCGUUGACUUACGAUCUGAAAUGGCUGAUUGUUUAAAUAAAUGCUACGAUGCAGUCGAAAAGAGGAUUGGUGCUGUAUUUUCAAGAUAUGGCCGCUUCGUAGCUAGAAAUCCAUGGAAGAUAAUCAUCAUCGGAAUUCUGAUAAAUGGACUUCUAAGUAUUGGUAUGCUAAGGCUAAAUGUUGUUAUAGAUGUACAACGUGUCUACACUCCAAUAGGAAGCCAGGCAAGCAAGGAUAGUGACAAAUUAAGUGACAUCUUUCCUGACAUGAGUGGUUCUAACUUCAUUGGAUACCAAAUGCCUAAUUUUGGUCGAUACGGAGAGGUAAUAGUUAUCCCAAAGAGCGGUAACAUUUUAGAUGGAGUAUUCCUCACUCAACUAAUAGAACUGUACAAUCUUUUGCUAUCAAUUGAGACUUCUGAUGAUAAUGGAAGAACAGUUACAUUGAAUGAAAUUUGCGCUAGAUUUCACGGAACUUGUAGUAUAGACGGAGACAUAUUUGUGGACACGCAAUUUAUAAGUGAUAUCAAUUCAAGCAAUCCAAUUCCCUUUCCUUAUUACAAUCACGCAUCUCGUGGUCAAAUCUAUUAUGAACAACUUAUAGGUGGCGUUAAUAUUUCCCUAAAUAAUUUAGUUUCUGCUAAAAUGUUAAUCAUGCGUGUGAAUUUACGCACUGAUACCGAAUAUUUUUCAGAAACGGCAAAAAAUUGGCAAAAUUCUUUUUUAUCGCAGAUAAAAGAGUAUUCAUCAAACCAUUUCGAUAUUGCAUUUUCUCACUCUGAUUCUCUUAGUGAAGAAUUGAAUGAAAACGUGUCAGGUGACAUUUUGAUAUUUUCAAUAACAUUCACAAUAAUGAUUACAUACGCAUGCGUAGCGACAAUGACAGCUCGAUGUGACGUAGUUGGUCAAAGGUCAAAUUUGGGAUUUGCUGGCGUUAUUGCGGCUGGUCUUGCAAUAGUUUCAGCAUUUGGUCUUGGAAGCGCCUGCGGGGUGGAAUUUGUCAGUAUUGUUGGAGUUGUCCCUUUUCUUAUAAUUGGAAUUGGAGUUGAUGACAUGUUUAUGCUUAUGUCUGGUAUAACAAGCACCAACUACGCAGACGAUGUUGAAACAAGAGUUGGGGAAACAAUGAGGACCAGUGGUGUAUCAAUCACAAUCACUUCUCUCACCGAUUUAUUAGCCUUUGCCGCUGGAGCUUCUUCUAUAUUUUUAAGUGUCCGAAACUUCUGCAUUUAUUGUGGUAUAGCUGUAGUGUUUUGCUACAUCAACCAAGCCACGAUUUUCAUCGCAUGCAUAGCCGUAAACGAAAAAAGGACAGCCGAAAACAGACAUUAUGCUUCAUGUUUUAAAGUAAAGACACCAAGUGAAGAAGGCACAAAAAAUUGCUACAUGCUUUGCUGUACAGGCAGGAAACCUAAAAAUCAGUCUGAAUCUGAAAGUUAUUUAGAUAAACUGCCUAAGUUAUUGUUACCUAAAAUUAUAUUGCCGUCACCUGCAAAAAUCAUCAUUCUCGUUCUUUUUGCAGGGUAUUUAGGUGUUUCCAUUUUUGGUGUCACUCAAAUGGAACAAGGCAUAGAGCUGAAAAAUCUUGUCGCCAAAACAUCAUACUACUAUGAAUACAGGGAUCAUUUAGAUAAUAAUUUUCCUUUAGGAACCCCAUUGUCUAUUGUAUUUGAUAGACCACUUGCCUAUUCGGAUGCAACAGUUCAAGCGAAUAUUGAUACUCUUUUAUCAAAUCUUAAGAGCGAAAAUACAGUACAGGAUAAUCUGGAAAUAAACUGGCUGUCUGAAUAUAAAAAAGACACUACAAAUUACAAUGAUGCAACAGAGCAAAAUUUCAUCUCAGGCCUUCAAAAAUUUUUGAUUAUCCCUAGCAACACACGAUUUCGAAACGAUGUUGUUAUCAAUUACAGCAACACUAGUAUAACGGCCUCUAGGGUUCAUUUAAUAUCUGAAAGUAUCAAACAAUCACAGGAACAAGGAAAGUUUAUGUUGCGCAUGCGUGAAGUGGUGUCACACAGCCCUCUUUCAGUAUUUGCCUUUUCUCCUGCUUUUCUUUUUUACGAGCAAUAUGUAGCCAUCUUGUCUCAGACACUACAAACAGUUGGAAUAGCUGUCGCUAUGGUAUUUUUUGUAACGUGUAUAUUCAUGCCUCAUCCGCUGUUGCUCCUAUAUAUAACAACAACUGUUGCAAUGAUUACUCUCGGGAUAUUCGGAUUUCUUUCAUUUUUAGACCUUACUUUAAGUGCUAUUACAAUGAUUCACAUUAUUAUGAGCAUUGGUUUCUCUGUAGACUUUGCAGCACAUAUCUGUCACGGUUAUAUGAUUUCGAGUGGUGCUAACCGAAACGAAAAAAUGAAAUCCGGUAUUGAAAGAUCCGGAGCUCCAAUUUUUCAUGGAGCAAUUUCAUCGUUGUUGGGUGUAGUUAUGUUGGCAGCAGCCAAAUCAUAUAUAUUCUAUUCAUUUUUUCAAGUCAUGAGCCUUGUAAUCACAUUCGGGAUCCUUCAUGCUCUUUUCUUACUUCCUGUUAUCCUGUCGUUGAUUGGUCCAUCUGCUCAAGGAAUGGGGUCAAAGGUUGAUAUUAAACUGGAAGACGAGAAAGACAGACCUAAUACGAAACAAAAUGAAACAGGUGCCCAUGUCCCCUUAUCUGACUUAGGGCGUGAAGAAUCUUCGGUUUCACCGGCAACCCAUAUUUGGACAGUUGUUAAAAGUGACGAUUCCUUUGAUCGUAAAGGUUUAACUUAGACAAGUGGUUGGUUAUCGACAUUUGUUAUUGUAUUUGAUUGCUUUGAAACAAAUAAAUUAUAACAGUCAGUGAUAAGUACAUGUUUGUUAAAAAAUAGUGUGUACAAGAUAGGUAAUAAAAUGGUUCCCACAUUCCUUGAUGCUACAACCUUUAGAAAGUAUUUAUCGGGAUCUACGAGGUUAUCCUACCAUGAGGUGUCUACGAGGUUGUCCUACCAUUAGAUGUCUACGAGGUUGUCCUACCAUGAGAGUAUUUAAGGAGAGGGGACACAGAUGACUUUAGAUGUAAUCAGUACAAUCAUUGUUUUGACAUAAACAUUGAAAUGCUGGUCUGUGAUUUCUACCGUACACGAGCAUAUAUGUUGUGAAAUCCUGUAUUCGCGUUUUAUUAUAGUCAGUAUAUUUAUGCUACAAUCAUGGUAAUAUUGCAUCCAUUCUAUUGUCUUAGAUAUGACAUUGUGAUGAGCCAUUUUAGAUACAUGUAUUUGUUUUCUAUAUUUGUGUGUGUGAAUUUAUUUUCUGUCCAGCAGGAUUGCAUCAUUCUAACACAAUUGUUGUGGUAAAUCGGCUUACUAUUUAAGAAAUAAUAUUUCCCAAACAGUGAUUUUAUCGCUCAAUAAUAUCACUGUUUGGAGUUUGGGUGCGAGGAAUUAUAUCACGAGGGCGUAGCCCAAGUGAUAUAAUGAUGCACAUCCGAACGACAAACAGUGAUUUAUCAGGCGAUAAAAUCACCGAUUUGGAUAUACACAUGUAUUAUUUCGAUUCUAACACGACAUCAACAAUAAAUGUUACCGUACCUGAUAAUAAGCUAAAUUGCACCUGAUUUGUUUCCGUACUUAUUUUCAGCGCGUUGCAUUUUAGUGGUUACGUCUCAUGUAUUUAUGAUUACGUCACAAGUCUAAAUAUAAAACGUCAGCAGUGAUUUUGUUGCAUAAUAACACACACUUUCGGUUCUUCUAUGUUCAAUAGGGAAAAAUGCGGGUCGUGUUAGAAUAAUCUGUUUUAGUGGACUGGUUAUUGUUCAUUGCUAAGCAUUUAACACAUUGUCUAAAUACUUACCAAUUAACAUUAACCUAAACGAAUAUAAAGGAUUUACCGUUAUACGUUUAAUUCAUGUAAUGGAAAUUUAAAUUUACGCAUCUGGAACGAAAUAAAACUAUAUAAUGUUAUAAUGAUAAUAACUGUGAGAACUAACAUUUUCACUUUGAAUUAUUCUAAAUUCACAAUUGUAUUAGUAUGAUAUACGGUCAUAUGCUGUACAUAUUGUUUAAGUUAAUAAAGUGUUGCUUAUGUUAA